UAUCAAUCAUCUGGAUUAACUGAAAUUGCCAGGAGGUUGUUUUUUUUUUUUUAAUAUCUCACGUUUCUAGUUUCUCACAUUUCAUAACAAAGUAACCCGCAGAUGCAUUUAGUAUUUUUUUCAAACCAAAUAUUUAACAUGAAUUUAAUUGUCAGUAAUCAAAUAUUUGAAAUACAGAAUCAGAUUCAAGAUUUUUUUUCCCGCAAAAAGAUAUAUAUUUAUACCUGAGCUUUAUAUGUAAACUACAUGCCCUACAUUUGGGUAUUGUGUUCCUCAUAGUACUAGCAGGACAGAUGCCUCUGCCAGCAGAGGAGGACAUGCAGGGGAGCAGCAGUUGAGUGAGCCCCGGGCCAAGGCUACUGAUGGGUCUCUCUUGAGAGAGUGGGUUGCAUUAUUCACUUUGGCUGUUUUGUAUCGACAAUGCAUAUGGUAAUCUUCAUGAAUGCAAGUUUUCCAGAGGGGCAGUGGGGAGCGGACUGCAGAUGCCCUUGCCCCAAGCUUAAUGAAAACCCAUGCUGUUUUUGGAAGGAUCACUGGCACAGAUCAGCAUUGGAUUAUGCAGUAUGAGUCUUUGGGCCAGUCACGUGUACAAGGGUGAUAUUCUAUGUUAAACUGAAGAUAUGUAACUUACUGCUUUUGUUUUUCUUUGUAGACUUAUAGGCUACACGUUACUGUAUCAUCAUGUGCUGCCAUUUAGUCAUUGGAAACCUCAACUCCAUUAAAACUCAUAAAAACCAUGAAGGUAUAUUUUUGUGAAAUUUGCUGCAUUCAUUUUUCUUUUUAGGUAAGUAUGUACGGCCAAAAGACAACAGAUAUAAAACUAUGAUACUGAAUGUAGGAAGGAGUCAAAUUGAAUAGACAAACUAGAGUGACUGUGAGAUGGUGGAAAAGAAACUGUGAAACACAGAAGCUUGCUGCCCUCUAGUGCCACACAGCCAGCUUCCUGUGUCAUAUGAUAUAAGCCAGCUGAGAUGGGAAUGAAUUAUUCAUAAAUAAAAGGAUGAUAAAGAAGUAUUUCAGAGAUGGGAGAUAUGAGAUGUGACUGAUAAUAUGUAUCUUGUAUACACUUUUGUCUCUAAGAAAAAGCCUAAUCUUCUGCAGAAGUUGCUUUUGUUGAUAGUUCAAAGUGAUAUUUUUAAUACUUAUGAGUACUAAUAGACCUCCUGGGCUUUUAUAUUUACCCUGUAGGCUAUGAAGCAGAUAGACAAUUAUUUUUCCCCCCUUUUUCUUAUCAGGAAAACAGCAUUAAUAUUGUCUCCAGGUUGUAUAAAAUGCAUCCAGGCCUUUCACUUUCUGGUUACAUCAGUUUUGCUCCCUGCUGCAUCUCUUCCUUUUUGUGAAUGUCAACAAUUUGAGCCUGUCUGUCUCUCCCAUAGAUUAACCACGUAGAGUCAGCCGGCAGCUGCACAACCGUGUUGAAGGCUUAAUGAUUAAGCGUUUCCUCCCCUCACAGUUCCUCACAUACCUUGGCUCAUUGCCUUUCGUGGGUUAAACCUGUAGUGAAUCAACUAAGUGACUGGGUCUGGUGGACAGGGCAGCCAUUUUGCUGUUUUCAUAAGAUCUCCUGUUCCUUUAAAAGUAGACACGUAUCAUCUGCAUGUUCAGAGAGCUGUAGUAAAACAGGCAAGUAUGAAAAACUGGAGCGCAAAAUUCAAGAGACAAGAACAUGGGGAUGAAGACAGGCCUUCCCCUCACAACAAGACCUCCAUCAGUGAUCCAGCAGUGCCUGUGUGGGUUACUCACACACCCCCACCAAACAAUGUGACAGAUGAUAGUGAUGAAGACAGCAUGUCCAUCAGCCAGACAUCCAGCUCUCUAUCUGAUACUGAAAAGGAGAGCAGUGACAAUAAACGGAACAUGAAAAGCAAGCUGAGAUCCCUCAUUCCUAAAUCAUUGGGCGGGAUAAUCCACAAGCCCACAGGAGAAAGUGACUGUGAAACCACCAGAACUGGGAUCCAGAUCCUUCCCAAUGGGACCAGGGUGAGCCCCCCUGUAAGUCCCUUUCUGGAGCGCAGGAACUGGGAUGAAUCAUCAGGAAACUCCUCCAAGGAGUCACAGAACUCUUUGCCAAGACGAAUGCCCCCACAAGAUUAUUUUUGUCAGAGCCUACAGGAAGAGUCCCUGCUGACCAGCAUCCACCCUGUGGAGUAUUAUGCUGCCAAGGUGGAGGUUUAUCAGCAGAAGUACUCCUAUUUGAAAUCAUGGCCUGGUUUACUCAGGCUUCUGGGUGGGCUGCAGCUCCUGUUUGGCGGCAUGGUAUUUGCAUGUAUCAUUGCCUAUAUUCAAAAAGACAGUGAGUGGUCCAACACCUAUGGACUCUAUAAUGGAAUAAACAACAAUGGGCUUGGCCUGUCUGGGUACAGUUACAGAGGACCUAUGACUCCCUUCAUUUUAGCUGUUGCUGGAGUCACCUGGAUCAUUACUCUGAGUCUCUUAGUGAUAGGAAUGACUAUGUAUUAUCGCACCAUCCUCCUUGACUCUUCCUGGUGGCCCCUGACAGAGGCUUUCAUCAACGUGGCUCUGUUCCUGCUUUACAUGGCAGCAGGGAUCGUAUAUAUCAAUGAUUUGAAUCGAGGGGGGCUGUGCAACAUGACAAUUGGGCUUAACCCCAUUCUGGCCAACCUGUGUCGAGUUGAGGGAGGCCAGAUGGCAGGAACAGUGUUUACCUUUAUCAACAUGAUCAUGUAUCUGGGAAGUUUUCUGGUAUGUCUCAAGAUGUGGAAGCAUGAAGCUGGUCGGAAGGUCAGACAGAACUUUAAUGAACAGGGUGAGUCUAACCAGUCUAUUUCACUGAAUCCCCAAAGAACAAGACACAUAUCAUUUAGGGAUGAACCAGAUAAGUCUCAGGAUAAAGAUGACAACUAUCAGCGUGCACCUUCCCCUGAUGUCCAUAAAUCAACUGUCAGUCCAAACAGAUCUACUAUGUCCAAUUAUACACCUAAAGUGCAUGUCAUUGCAGACUAUAUAAUUAAAUAUCCAGAAAUCAGAUCUGCAGAGGAACGGGAAAAGUACAAAGCUGUUUUCAAUGACCAGUAUCAGGAGUACAAGGAUCUUCACGCAGACAUCAUUACAACCCUUAAUAGGUUCAGGGAGCUAGAUGCUAUGGUGGAACAACUUCCCAGGAAAGGGAAGAGCUUGGAGGAUCAGCAGAGGAUUCGGAAUAUUUUAAAAACCUAUCAAGAUAAAAAAAAAGAUCCUGCUUUCCUUGAGAAGAAGGAACGCUGUGACUACCUAAAAGCUAAAUUAAGGCACAUUAAAAACAGAAUUAUGGUUUAUGACCAGGAAACUGCAGUCAAUCAGCGAACAUGACAAAGAUUACAAAAUCCUCGCUACUAUGACAGCCCCCCUGUGUACAGUCCGCCAUACAGCACUACCUCCCACAAUUUCCACCCUCCAAGAAGCGUCCAUUCCCCCCAGAGCCAGUAUGUCUCAUACGCCCACAAUCCUCCUGAUUCCUACCAUAUGGAGGGGCAGCCUCAACACUUCUACAGGUGGUUCUCUCCUCCAGGUUUUGUAAAAACCUUCCAAGGAGCCACAGCCCUCAUGUGCUUCAUUAUCUUUGCCUGUGUAGCUUCAACUCUGGUGUGGGACAUAAAUGGGUUUGGGUACGGGGGAUACGGUGUUGGGGACAUGGGCUCUGUGGGUGGAGCAGGCUCAGGAUAUUAUGGAGGUAGCUAUGGCUAUGGCAGCUCCUAUAUGACACCACAGUCUGCCAAGGCAGCAAUGAUUUCUAUGGCUGCCAUUAACUUCCUGGUUUCACUGGGUUUCCUGGUGGGAAGUUUCUCACAGUCCCGGAUGAUGCGUGGCUGCAGGUUUUACCUGAUUAUUUUCAUCUGUGAUAUCAUCCUGGCUGUGCUGCAGGGCAUCAUCAAUAUAAUCUUCGUGAUAGGGGUAAACCCGAUGUCUCAGAGCUCACAGAGCAUGCUGUAUAACCCCAUGUUGAGGAUGUGUCAGAACAUCCAGGGGACCCCAAGCCUGAGCGGCAGCGUGGGGGCUGGUUUUCCUGGAGGGUUUCCCAUGUACAAUCAAUACCUGUACCACUACUGUUACAUGGAUCCUGAGGAGGCAGUGGGGUUUGUUUUGGGCCUGUUGGUGGUUUUGGUUCUAUCUCUCUCUGCUUACUACGCCUACAAGACCCGCAGCAAGAUUUGGCGCCACGGAAACCUUAACAUUUUGUGGGAUGUGGCAUUGGUCAGGGCAGCAGAGGGGCAUGAUGUGCUGGACUGGGUGAAUCAUGUCGGAGAUGCACGCAGCACCCAGCAGGCACCAACAGUUGUUGUGUCAGAGCGAGCAGAGCCUAUCCUGAGGGCGGAGAAUACUGUGGGCUUCGGCAAUGGAACAGUCAGCAUCCAGAGUGAACAAUACAAUAAAAGCAACAGUUCCUGCACAGGCAACAGCAUCAGCUGCGAUGCUGAGGCUCUGUGUCAGAACACCAGAACCACCGUUUGUUCUAGAAGCUCCUGUGAGACUGACAGUGGGAGAAAACCCCCUCUGCAUUACAUGAAGAGGCAGCAGAAAAAACUCAGUGAAUCCAUACCUGCAGCUCAGGUGAUGAUCGAGUCCCAAUAUGAAACUGGUCACACCUCAGAGGACACUGGUAAUGAGCUGGAGUGGGACCAGAAAGAUUACCUGUACAGGUUGUAUCCAGCAAUAACUACAGACGAGCAGCGCCGCAGGUACAAGAAAGAGUUUGACUCAGAUCUAGCCCACUACAAGAGCCUCUGCUCUGAAAUGGACGACAUCACUGACCACAUGCACAAACUGAGCAGAGAGCUGGACAUGUUGGAUGAAGGCUCCAUGAAGUACCAGGGUGUGGCAGAUGAGUACAACGGGCUGAAAGACCUUAAAAAGACUGACGACUAUCAGACAAAGAGGAGACAAAGCAAAGAACUCAGAAGAAAACUUUUUCACAUCAAACAUCUGUUGUGGGCAGCUUUAAAUGAGUCCAGGGGCCUCAACCCACAUCACCUCUGGUCUAAGGGGGAAUAAGAGAUUGUGGAACGAGUCUGACGUAGUGACAUCAUUCAGGUCAAAGAGCAACAUCACAGUAAGCAGAUUGAGAGAGAGCAGAGAUAAAUCAGUAUGUCUGCCUGAUGUUAUUUGGUGAUGGCUACCUUUUAAACCGUAAACUGGAUGCAAAGUUUAAACUUGUGCCAUUGGAAGUUUCAGAUCAGU